CUUCCGCUUCCGCCCAGCCUGCUUCCGGUUCCGCUUAGCAGUCGCGUGAGGGCUCUGAGGAGACCGGUGGCGGGCAGGAUGGGGCUGAGCGCGGAAGAAGCUGCGGAGCAGGAGGAUCGCUUCGAUGGCAUCCUCCUGGCCAUGGCUCAGCAGCACCAAGGCGGCGUGUGCGAGCUUGUGAACACAUUCUUUAGUUUCCUGAGGCGUAAAACAGAUUUCUUCACUGGUGGAGAAGAUGGCGUAGCAGAGAAGCUGAUCACAGACUCCUUCAACCAUCACAACAAACUAGCUCAGAAGGAGCGGAAGGAGAAGAAGGCUCGACAAGAGGCAGAACGACGGGAAAAGGCAGAGAGAGCUGCAAAGCUUGCCAAAGAAGCAAAACAGGAGACAAAUGAGCCAAGGAUUAAGGAACUUACAGAUGAGGAAGCAGAAAGGCUGCAGCUGGAAAUCGAUCAGAAGAAAGAGGCACAAAAAGAGGUUAACAAUGUCCCAGAGAAAUCCUCAGAGGAUGAAGGUGAAUCUUCAGAUUCUAACAAACAGGAAACAGAUGAAGAUGAGAAGGAUGAGAAUGAUAAAGGAAAACUUAAACCCAAUGCUGGCAAUGGAGCUGACCUCCCAAAUUACAGAUGGACGCAGACUCUUUCAGAGCUGGAUCUGGCCAUCCCUUUCAAGGUGAAUUUCCGGCUGAAGGGGAAGGAUGUGGUGGUGGAUAUCCAGAGACGGCGCCUCAGAGUUGGCCUGAAGGGCCAUCCUCCUGUUAUCGACGGAGAACUUUUCAAUGAAGUGAAGGUGGAGGAGAGUUCCUGGCUGAUUGAAGAUGGUAAAACGGUCACCGUGCACCUGGAGAAGAUCAACAAGAUGGAAUGGUGGAACAAACUAGUCUCCACAGACCCAGAAAUCAACACCAAGAAAAUUAAUCCAGAAAACUCAAAGUUGUCAGACCUGGACAGUGAGACUCGCAGUAUGGUGGAGAAAAUGAUGUAUGAUCAACGACAGAAAUCCAUGGGCCUCCCCACGUCUGAUGAACAGAAGAAGCAAGACAUUUUGAAAAAGUUCAUGGAACAGCAUCCAGAAAUGGACUUUUCAAAGGCUAAAUUCAACUGAUCCCUCACCUUUUCCCCGCUCUUUCAGGCAGCCCGUUGAAUGGGACAGGAUACGUAUUGCCGGAUAAGUAGGGAUCCCUUACCCUGGGCAAGUAAACACUUGCAACAUCCCCAGCUGAGCUUGCUGUGGAGGCAGCUCCAUGAAGUCGUCCUCAGUUGUCCUGUGUUGAGCAGAACGCAAGGCCACAGAACCAGCCUGCAGCAGCUCCAGUCAGAGCCAUCUGUGGCACUUCCCAAGCAGCAGUUAGGAGAGAAGGAGGGGCUAGAGCAAAAAGGGUGUUAAGGCUUCAAGAGCCAGGCUUGAGAGAUUUGGGGACAUAUCCUUAAUGUAUUGCUUAGCUUAAUCUGGCUCGUCAGAGCUGUUCAUCCCUGCUUUGCCAUUUCAGUUCUGGCUGCAGGUGCUCCUGAGGUUUUACUCCCUCCCUGCUCUGGCAUUCCUGCUCUCCUGUGAAAACAAGGGCCAGUUUAUUUUAGGAAAUAAUUAUGUGUCUGCCUCCCUGGGCAGGGAAAACAGCAGUCUUUUCAAAAAAACCAAAAAGUAUCCAUUGCAGUAGAGAAAGACUGCUCCUCCUCAUUGCUGUAACCCAUCACUUUAAGGUAGCAGAUGGCAUUGUGCUGCUGCCCAAAAACUGAAUGGGGAAGGAUAAAACUGGUUCCUUUUUCUCACCUGUAACGGGCUCUAGGUUCAGUCACAUCUGAACAGAGGGUUUAGUGGCUGAGCUGCACUCAGGUGCCUUCCAUCCUUGCUGCUGCUUCUGUUGCCAGAAGUGGAACAGACUUGACCCCAUAUGGCUCAAGGAAGGGCUCCCAUUCCAGCUGGAGAGGAUGACGUGCUGCCCUAGGGCAAGGGAAGGCUAGGGGUCUGUGGCUGUGGGCAAGGGGAGGGUGUGGGGGUCUUUGGGAUAAUGUUCUUACUGAGAGUUCACCUGCCUCUUUUCCAAGAGCCCCUCUCCCUGCCGCCUGCUGACAGGCAUUGCUGCGUUCUCUUCUGAGCUCCUGCUGACAAGCGGCGUUACUCUGCAUGUUCGUAUCUUUGUUAAAACUGCAGUGCAACAUAAAGAAAAAAAGUGUCCAA